UAGCGUUUAGAAAUUUUCAUAGGAUUAUCCGGGUUGUUUUGUAAUAUUCAAUCCAUCCUCUAUCAAAGUCUAUUGUUCGUUCACUAGCUCUGCUGCUGUAUUGGACUAUGAUAUCCUCAACCCGCCAGAAUCCUACAACGAGGCGAUAUAUGCAAAGGUUGAAAUUUUAACAGUAUAUACGAAGGAAAUGUCACAAAUGACUCCAUUUCAGAUUAUUCUGAAGUUGUAUGCCAAAGAGUUAAAACUUAAAAACAAAAUCUCACAAAUUGCCGACAAAUACUGA